AUGAAAUCGCUUAUCGCGGUUGUCCAGAAGUCAUCUUUGUUAUCUCUCUUCAUCGCUUUGAUUAUCGCGGUUGCAACUCAAAGAUGCCAAGGCCUCCAAUUUGUGAAUGGCCUGGAGAUAGGAAGCCAGUUACACGUAGAACUCAUCAUUCAAGAUGCAAAGAGACACAAAAUUCAAGUCAUUACAAGUCCGAGUGAGUUCAACCAUUGGAUGGAGGUGUUGACAGAACAGCAGACAUAUACAUUGUAUAAUGGUGAACUGUUGAAAAAUGAUCUCCAAUUAAAUGCAUGUGACAAUGAUCUCAACCUUUUGUUCAACAUUGCAACCAAUCUCUGCAAGAAUCAGAUUCACAACAUACCUCCUUACAAAUUAUAUUUCAACCCUAUAUUUGAUUUUCUCUGUGGAAGUUACAAGCAUGAUCAGUUAUAUGAUGUCAUAGGAAUAUUACACGAGGUCAUUAGAAAGUAG